AGUCAUUGACAUGCAUGCUCUGCUGUCCUGUCACGUUCACAGCUCCGCAGCAAGGCUAUAAGAUGCCAUACCGCCCUGCAGAUCCAUCACUUCACUGAACUUGGCUCACAGUAAGAAGCUGAAAUCAUGUCUAAGAUGGUUGUGACCCAGCCGAGGCCCUUCAUCACAAACUCCAUAUCCAAUGAAUGGACCUCUGGCAUCUGUGAAUGCUUCCAAGACCUGCCCCAGUGUUGCUUGGCCUUCUGGUGUCUUCCUUGCUUCUACUGUAAGACAGCCCACGAGGCCGGGGAGUGUGUGUGUUUACCUCUGCUGGACGGUUUUGGAUGCAUCCCUCCGAUAUCCACAGCCCUCAGGGUGUCAGUACGCCAACGAUAUGGAAUUGAGGGUACAGUUUGCAAUGACUGCGUGUACGCCUGCUGCUGCGGGCCCUGCAGCUGGUGUCAAAUAGCAAGAGAGAUCAAAACAAGGAAGAAUCCCAUUAUAUAUAGAUAAGAACAAUAUGCUGCCACAGCAUCAGCAUCAUUAACGUCAUCGCCACCAUCAGCGGUGUCUCUUCAUCAUUAGGUGUUUGGAAUAAGAGGGGAUAAGUAGACUGAUUUGUGAUCUGUUUUAAGCACGUCUGCCUCUAAGGAAUGUAGCUUGUUAAAGAUCACCACAUGAGGGUCAUAAAUUUUGGAUGACAGUAAGAUAAGAUAAGCAGACACUUGGCCUCUAUGACUGUUACUGACAUUGCAAGCAGAUUUCACACAGAGAUCUUAACACUAUACACUGUUAUCCCGAAUUAGUUGACUUUGCCAGAAAUUUGCGUGGAAACCAGUUGCCUUAAACCAUCUGAGUUUUUACCCAAGGUGGAACUUAACAGGUCAAGUUGUAUUAACACAGGGUAGUAAGUUGAUGCAGUAGACAAAUCAAGUUUACAUUAGUAGUCGUUACAAUAAAAUCAGUAGUAAACUUAAAUUAUUUUUUCUGGAGUCACGUUGCCUAAAAUAAGCAUGUUAAGUAAAACAUGCAAAGAAACAUAAGAAAUAUAAAACAUUAGGCUACAUAUAAUAAUAAUAAUAAUAAUGAUAAUAAUAAUAAUAAAAAUAUUUUUUAUUUAAAGGCGCCUUUUCUCGGCACUCAAGGACACCGUACAGGGAUACAUAAGACAUAUGUCACUACUAAAUAAAUAAUUUGUUCAUAUAUACAUAGUUUUUUUUUCUUUAUGACAGUAUAAUGUGUUUUAAUUUAUUAGUUCCAAAACAACAAAAGAAACCAAUCAAUAUAAAUCAUCAUCUUUCAAUGUAACGUGUUGCAUGGAUAGCUUCACUCAGUAGACUGAAUUACUAUUUUCCAAUCAAUAUAUACUGUAUAUCAAUAUAUACUGCCCAGACCCCAUCAGUCCCCACCCAGGUCUCGGUCAUGGUGCAACAAUAAAUGUAGAUAAACGUGAACACUAAAUCAACCAUACUCAACUUAAACCCAGAUAACCUAAAUGCACACCCAAAACAUUAACAGAACAUUAUUAAAACGCACUUUGACUAGGACAGAACCCCAUGAGCAUUUGCACAGCUUCAGCGUAGAACAGUUCAAACGACCCCGCCCCUCUCAUAUAGAAACGUAACGUUAUCUCUGCUUAUGACAUGAUCUGUGCACUUCAUAACUUAUGCUGAUUAUUACAAACAACGAAUGUGGUUUAGAAAUGAAUGUUUUUUUUUAAAGAAAACAUGAAAGAAUAAAGUAGUGACCACUAAAGAGUUUUAUUACAGCUAAAUCUGGCUUUACAGUGAUUGGGGCGCUUACUUACUUCACUUUUUCCAAGAUGUUUGUUUUAUAUGUUCCUUUGGAUAAUGGAUUGCUUGUUCACUUGUAUUGCUUGUUAUUAUUUCAAUGUAUGUAUGUAUGCUUGUAUAUGGGCUGAUUUUCACUUGUUAUAUUAAAAGCCAAAGAGGUA